CUGGCUCCCAGAGCCAUGAAGUACAUCCCAGCAACUGAAGGUUCUCGCAACCCUCAACUAGUCCAGGCCAUGCCUAAGGCCGCUCAACAGGCUGUGCCCCAACAGGCCAUCGAGGUCGUUGGCCAAGAACCCCUAACCCCCAGCAUGUUGGCUGCUGCCUCCCCUCAGCAACAGAAGCAGAUGUUGGGAGAGCAUCUCCUCCCACUGAUCCAACGCAGUCACGGCGAGCUGGCCGGUAAGAUCACUGGUAUGCUGCUGGAGACUGAUAACUCGGAGUUGCUGCAUAUGCUGGAGUCCUACGAACUCCUCAAAGCCAAGGUGGAUGAAGCUGUAAAUGUUCUGAAGGCCCACCAGGCCAAGAAAGGACCAACCCUCUCCAAUGCCCAACGCAUCACCACCUUCUCUGGCCAUCAUCAAUUCGACAUUUAUUUUCACAUUGACAUCCUCGGUAACAAUUCAGACAGAAAACAGUAUAUAUAUGUAUAAACAAAUUUAACAAAA